GUGUCGUUCUACGAACUACGAGUCUUUAUUUUAUAUUUUAUCUAAAUAAAAACGAUGAUAUCAAGUGCACGCACUGCUAGACUAGCUCGUGAAGUAAAACUUUUCCAAUCAAAACCGCCCUGGGGCGUGAAUUGCCAUCCGGAGAAAGAAGAUCAGUAUGAUGUGUUACUGGUUAAAAUGCUCGGGCCCAAGGGUUCCCCAUACGAAAACGGCUCGUUCAAGCUUACUAUAACCAUUCCAGAGAAGUAUCCAUUCGAGCCGCCUAUCGUCAAAUUCAUAACACCAGUGUAUCACCCGAAUAUUGAUAAAGGUGGUCGUAUCUGUAUGGACAUGUUGAAAAUGCCACCCAAAGGAGCGUGGCUGCCUACAAUAACUCUAGAAACCCUGCUCAUCUCUAUACAGACGUUACUUGCCAACCCAAACCCUGAUGACCCGCUGAUGCUCGAUGUAGCAAAUGAAUAUAAAUAUGACAUUGAUAAAUUUAUGGAGAAUGCAAGGUUCCACACUGAUAAACAUGCUGUAGAGUUGUAAUAUCAAUAAUAGUGGUAAAUAUCACUUAUUUCUAUGUAUGUGAAGUUUUAGUUAGCUUGACUAGUAUUGAGCAUGUACUUAUUGAGCUAAAGCACAUAUGAAAUAUCCUUUGAAUUGGCACAUGUUGCCUACAUAUGCAUAUACUAUAUUUAGUAUUUGUAAGAAAUCAUCACAAAACUUGUAAUGUUUGCAUCUGUUCAUGUGCCCUUAUCUGGGUAAAGGGACCUUAUUGAGAGGCUGGACAGCCUUAUCCUCACACACUGGAUGUCCUUGCAUCUUCAGUCCAAUAAUUGUAGUUGUACUUUCUACUAACGUAUAUUUAGUUUAGUUUUUAAGUUAUUACUAACAUAAUACGGAUGUAGUGUUGUCCGAAAUAAAUGCUUUCAUUUCAUUGUUGGUGGCGCUUACGAGCUGCGGCGUCAUAUUUGUAUACGAACAUCAUUCAUAAUGCUGUAAGCGCCAUCUCUCUUUUCCCAGAUGUCACAAAAUGUAGAUCUAGGAAAGCCAUGUUUGUUUAUUUUGAUGUUAGGGCUAAGGGUAUGCGCCCACGGGCAUCAAACUUGCUUGAUGAAUUUUUAAUCACUCACAUCCAGUCUAUGGGCUAGUAUGAAGAGUGUCAAGAGUGCUCAUAUGUGCAAUUUCACUAAGCCAUAGACUGAAUUUGAACAACAAAAAAUUCGCUGACCAACUUAGUUGCAUACUCUAAAUUAUAGAUGGGAUUCAACCUGACUGCAAAUUGUAUGUAAAAUGUGCAGUCAGUGUGCAACUUGCAUAUUAGUUGCAGUUGUAUAUUGAUUUAAACUAACACGAUUUUCACUCAUAUUAUUAAAUUAAAA